AUGGCUAACUUCAAGACCAGUCCAUGGACUUUGAUUUCUGGGACACGAGGAGCAAUGUGCCUUUGGUUGAUGGUCACUUUGGGAGUUUUGUUGAAAAAAUCAUAUACUAAAGAAAACAUUCAGCCACCAUUGUCUCCAGGACCCACCGAGGAACUCCAGGAAGUCUGUGAUUGCUGUUCUUGCAGAAAGUGGAUUGGGUACAAAUACAACUGUUACUUCUUUUCUAAUGAACAGAAACCUUGGGCAGAAAGUAGAGAUUUCUGUGCUUCUCAGAAUUUUAGCCUACUACAACUGGAAAGCAGAGAUGAACUGGGUUUUGCAAACUCCCUUCGGUAUUUUUACUGGAUUGGGCUCUCUUAUAGUGAUGCCAGCAGUGCCUGGUUGUGGGAAGAUGGCACCACUCUCUCCUUUGAUCUGUAA